AUGUCAUCGUCCACCAACAAUCCGGCCAACAGUGCUGGGAACCGACCCAGACAACAACCACCAUCUCAAGCCAGUAACCAUCCCGUACAAAAUUCUACUACUGCCAUGAAACGAUCCAAUACAACAACGAAUGCAUCUUUGGCACAACCAUCAAGCACACCGUCUUCUUCAUCAUCGGGAAGUAGCACCGGAAGUAAAUUUUCAUCAGGCUUGAAUAGUGCUUGGAAUAUGGUCAAGAAGGGAAUUGAAGGAUCAUCAAGCUCCAACACGAGUACUUCCUCAUCAUCAUCAUCAAAUAAUCAACACACUUCCUCUGCUGCCUCUUCCGGAGUCACAAUAUCGGUCGAGGAAUUUCAAGUAUUAAAUCAACAAAUUCUGGAGUUGAAAAAAGCUAAAUACGAACAAAUGCAGCAAAUUAAAUCAUUUGAAAAACAAAUUGCAAACGGAAAUGAAAUGAUGAAAUUACAAAACGAACAAAUGGAAGCAUUAAAAUUAAAUUUAAAGAAUAUUUAUUUGGAAAAGGAGCAAUUGGAGAAGGAAAAGGUUGAGUUAACGAAUCAACUCAAAGAUGCACUGAAAACCAAUCAAGAAAAGACAGAUGAAGUGGAGAGGCUAAAAAAUCAAAUUGAGCUUCAACAACAAACUAUUCAAACGUUGACUAUAAGUCACGAUCUCAUUGUAUCCAAUGCUAAAACUGAAGCAAGCUUGUCUUCAUCGGAAAAACAAAAUGCGGAGCCCAACAAUGACAAUAUGGUCACAACUGGUUCAUCCAGUGAAGAAACAACCACUACUGUUGUAGAUCAAGUUCCUCCCACAGACAAUGUCCAAGAAGUGGGAAUGGCUGACCAAGAACCAAAAAAUCAAGCUUCCAAUGAAGAUGGAGCAGUAUCAACAAUAGCAGACUCAUCAUCCACUCAACAUGCAGAUUUAAUCUCCAAAGACAAGAGAAUAACAGAGUUGGAAAAUCUCAACCAACAAUUGAAUGUACAGGUGUCACAACAAUCACACAAAAUUCAACAAUUACAACUAGUUCAACAACAAUUUUUACAACAAACGCAACAACUCCAACUUCAAAUUCAGAACCAUACAUUGACCAUUCAACAACAUAACCAAAAGGUUCAAGAACAUGAGAAUCUUUGGAAAGAGGAGAAAAACAUCACGACCCAAUUAACAAAAGAGCUUUCAGACACCAAGGAACAUCUUCGAACGACUACAGAUGAACUUCUUCAAGCUCGCUAUAAUUUACAGGCCCAAGCAACACAAAUUGUACAACAUGAAGAAAAAACCAAACAACUAGAAAAAGAGAAGAGUAUUUUACAAACCCAACUUGAAGAGUGUAAAAUAGAGUUGGAUAGUUUCAAGAUUGAUCUCACCACUGAACGGAACGAUCAUCAAAAACAGAUUGAACAAUUCAAAAUUGAAAAUAAUAUUUACAAGCACCAACUAGAGCAAUCUAGGAGCGAGUUUAAACAUAUUACCACUGAGAUGGAACAAGUUCAAGCUCAAUCACAAGGAUGGAAAGAAAAAUUUACCAAAAAACAAGCAUUGGUUAUUGAUUUGCAAAUGAAAAUCCAAGAAAAGAAGGAACAAACUGAACAAAUGAUGGCUCAAUUUGAAAAGGUAGAAUCACAAUACAAGGAAAAAAUAGCGAAUUUAGAUACACAACUCUUUCAAUCGAACCAAACAAAAGAACAUCUCAAAAAAGAAUGUCUCGAACUUCAACGAAGAAUCAAGCACGAUUAUGAACCAUAUCAUGAGAAGGGUAAAAUGUAUGAUGAGACGAAAAAACAAUUAGAUCAACUUAAAAAUGAUUAUUUGGAAUUGGAGAGAAAAUACGACACGAUCAAGACAAAGAAUAUUGAUUUGAAUGUUAAAAAUAAUUCUCUUGAGGAGCAAAUUGCAAAGCAUUUAGAAUAUAUUUCGAAUUUAGAACAACGAAGUAAGGACCAACAUCAAGAAAUCAAAACUCUCACCAAACGCAACGACAAGCUCCAUCACAGUUUUGAACAGUUGGAUCGAAAAUUUAUUUCAUUCUUUGUCAAUGACAUUUUCAAUAAUCUUUACACGACUGAUUUCAAGUCAAGAUAUGAAGCUGCAUGUGAAACACUCUCCCAACUUGUACACCUUCAAGACGAACAUGAAACUUUGAAACAAAAAUAUCAAGACGAGAAACUUGAACUCCAACUUCAACUCAAAAAAUUGAAAAAUCUCAAUAUUGACCUCAAGAAACAACUAGAGGAAACGAUCAAGGUGAAAAAUUCUACACCUUCUACACCACGAGGUGAUUUUCAAGAAUAUGCUCAAUCGCAUCCGUCUCCCUCUGCAGUAUCUGUCAACAGUUCAUCUCCUCAAUUGGUGGAAGCACCUUCAGCUGAAACGGAAGCUCUGUUAGGACAAUUACAGAGUGACAAUGCAGUGCUGUUGGAGCGAAUUGGAAUUUUGCAACAAACGAAUUGGGAUUUACAAGAGAAACUUCGACUCAUCAAUGAUCGACAGAUUGUUUUAGUGGACGAUUUGGAAAAGAAACAAUCUCUGUUGGAAUACUUUUAUUCACAAAUACCAUUGGGAAGGUUUACAUCACCAGAACAAGAGAAUGUAAAUAGCAAGAGCUUGUUGUCAUCCUUCUUUUCGUCCUCAAAUUCUUCAAAGAAGGAAGUAAGUCCGCACAAGGCGUCUCUUUCAAAUCAAGGAUUGGAUCCUAUUUCACUGGAGGCGUAUCAUCACAUGCAACGAGUCAUGCAGGAUACUUUGUUGCAUAACAUUACGCUUCAAAAGCAUAUAGAAAUGCUUGGGGAAGAAGUAGAUCGGCUAUCCAAAAAGCUGGCAAACACAUCCAAAUGA